CCCUCCCCGGGCCAGGAGGAGGAGGAGAAAGCGAGAGAGGUCCCGGCAGAGAGGCUGGGAGCGGGUUCGAGAGAGCCCUCCUCCGCCCGCCCCGGGAGGGGAAGAGGGAAGGAGAGCCGUGGCGGGCGGCGGACGAUGAUAACUUAGGGCCGAGGCUGCCGUGGGAGCUGCCCGCGCUGCCCGGGCGAGGACAACGGGGCGGCAGCGAUGUCCCAGGGCACGGCAGGAGGAGAGGGAGCGCCCCAGGUGCUGCCGGAGGGGAAGGAGAAGCAGAGGAAGAGGAGGCGGAGGAAGAAGAAGGAGAGUAAGACGCGGCUGGUGCGCUCCAGCCUGCUGUUACCUGAGGCCGAGCCCGAGAAGUCCARGAGGACGGUCCUGGCCUGCAACCGCCUCAAGACCACCAAGUACACGGCAUUGUCCUUCCUGCCCAAGAACCUCUUCGAGCAGUUCCACCGCCUGGCCAACGUGUACUUCGUGUUCAUCGCCCUCCUCAACUUCGUGCCAGCCGUCAAUGCCUUCCAGCCGGAGCUGGCCUUGGCUCCGGUGCUCUUCAUCUUGGCGGUCACCGCCAUCAAGGACCUGUGGGARGAUUACAGCCGCUACCUGUCCGACAAGGAGAUCAACCACAUGGAGUGCCUGGUGUACAGCAGAAAUGAGAAGAAAUAUAUAAGCAGAUACUGGAAAGAAGUGAAGGUCGGAGACUUUGUGCAGCUUCGCUGUAAUGAAAUUAUACCUGCUGACAUAUUGCUGCUCUCCUCAAGUGAUCCCGAUGGGCUGUGCCAUAUAGAAACAGCUAACCUGGAUGGUGAAACUAAUUUAAAACAAAGACAGGUGGUGAGGAAGUUCUUAGAACUGGACUCAGAAUUCGACCCCUUGAAGUUCACCAGUGUGAUAGAAUGCGAGAAGCCAAACAAUGACUUAAGUAGGUUUCGAGGUUACAUUAUUCAUAAAAGCGGAAAAAAGGAUGGACUGUUCAAAGAGAACCUUUUGUUACGUGGAUGUACCAUUAGAAAUACAGAAGAAGUUGCAGGAAUAGUAAUCUAUGCAGGGCAUGAGACCAAAGCUUUGUUAAAUAAUAAUGGACCACGUUACAAGCGCAGUAAACUUGAAAGACAGAUGAAUGCUGAUGUCCUUUGGUGUGUCCUCAUACUUCUAAUCAUGUGUCUGUUUUCUGCCAUCGGUCAUGGUCUGUGGGUAUGGCAAUAUGGUGAGAAGAAGAAACCAAUUUUUGAURUUCCAGGGCCUGAUGGCAAAUACUUGUCACCUGUUUUAGCUUCAGUAUAUUUAUUUCUGACAGUGAUCAUAGUGUUCCAGGUUCUGAUUCCAAUUUCUUUGUAUGUGUCCAUUGAAAUAGUUAAAAUCUGCCAAGUAUACUUUAUUCAUCAAGAUAAAGAUUUAUAUGAUGAAGAAACAGACUCUCAACUGCAGUGCCGAGCUUUAAAUAUCACAGAAGACUUAGGUCAGGUGCAGUUUAUCUUUUCAGACAAGACUGGGACACUUACUGAAAACAAGAUGGUUUUCCGAAGAUGCACUGUUUCUGGAACAGAGUAUUCCCAUGAUGAUAACGCCAAACGCUUAGCAAUGUACCAAGAACCUGAUUCUGAGGAAGAUGAGGCAGCCCCAAAAGGAGGAACUCUGUCUCAGCGUGACAGUAUCUGCAGCCAUCAGAGCAUCAAAGUGAUACACAGGAGCCAGAGCACCAAAACCCACCGGCGCACAGGUAGCAGGGCUGAAGCAAAAAGAGCAAGCAUACUCUCAAAGCACACUGCAUUCAGUAGCCCAAUGGAGAAGGACAUCACACCUGACCCAAGGCUGUUAGAAAAGGUGAAUGAGUGUGCAAAGCAUCUGGAGGUCAUGAGAAGCCACGAACAGCCAUUAUCCCAUCUGAGUCCAGAACUAUGUGAUGUUUUCGACUUCUUCAUAGCUUUGACUAUAUGUAACACAGUUGUGGUUACUGCACCAAAUCAGCCUCGACAGAAGGUUAGAGACCGAUUUGAACUAAAAUCUCCAGUAAAAACCAUUGAAGACUUCAUACGAAGAUUCACCCCAAGUCGCUUGACCUCUGGAUCUAACAGCAGCAGUUCAUCUAGCCUAGCUACAAGCAAAUCAAUGCACAGAUUUGGUUUAAGUGUGCUUUCAUCUACAUCUACAGAUAGCACCUUUUUGAAACUGGAAGAGAAGCUGGCGUACUCUGCACAGAUGAAUAACAAUGGCUACGGCUCCCAGCAAGGCAGGACAGCUGUGGACAGUGCACCUGGGGAAGGAGAGCUCCGUUAUGAAGCAGAGAGUCCAGAUGAAGCUGCUCUUGUCUAUGCAGCAAGAGCAUAUAACUGUUCCCUGGUUGGAAGGCUGUCUGACCAGGUAUCAGUGGAGCUACCUCACCUGGGAACCUUAAGCUUUGAAGUAUUACAUACAUUGGGCUUUGAUUCCAUCAGGAAGAGGAUGUCAGUAGUGGUCAGGCAUCCUCUCACAGAUGAAAUAAAUGUUUACACUAAAGGAGCAGAUUCAGUUGUUAUGGAUCUUCUUCUACCCUGCUCUUCAGAUGACCCUCGGGGCAAACAUCAAAAAAAAAUCCGAAGCAAAACCCAGAAUUACCUUAAUCUUUAUGCUGUAGAUGGGCUGCGGACCCUCUGUAUUGCAAAAAGAGUUCUCAGCAAGGAAGAGUAUGGCUGUUGGUUAAAAACUCAUUUAGAAGCAGAAUCCUCUAUUGAAAAUCGUGAAGAGCUUCUGUUUCAGUCAGCACUGCGGAUAGAGAAGAAUCUGCAUCUGCUAGGUGCUACUGGCAUAGAGGACCGUUUGCAGGAUGGUGUCCCAGAAACCAUUGCAAGCUUGCGCAAAGCUGGGCUGCAGAUUUGGGUUCUUACUGGAGACAAGCAAGAAACAGCUGUUAAUAUUGCAUAUGCCUGCAAGCUACUAGAUCAUGAUGAAGAAAUCAUCACUUUGAAUGCUGAGUCACCAGAGACAUGUGCUGUCUUGCUGGAGCAGUGUCUGCAAUGCGUAGAGUCUAAAUUUUCAAACAACACAAUAGACGAAGCUACUGGAAACAUGACUGUUGGGUUCACCCCUUUCUAUCCACCCCCUUCCUCUGUGCUUUCCAGCUUGGGCCUAGUGAUUGAUGGAAGGACUCUAGCUUAUGCCUUGGAACCUACGCUAGAAGAUAAAUUUCUUGCACUGGCCAAGCGAUGCCGUUCGGUACUGUGUUGUCGCUCAACCCCACUUCAAAAGAGCAUGGUAGUGAAACUAGUCAGAGACAAACUCAAAGCAAUGACCUUGGCAAUAGGUGAUGGUGCUAAUGAUGUCAGCAUGAUCCAAGUGGCAGAUGUUGGUGUGGGGAUCUCUGGUCAAGAAGGCAUGCAGGCGGUGAUGGCAAGCGACUUUGCAAUCCCAAGGUUCAGGCACUUGGAGAAGCUUUUGCUUGUUCAUGGCCACUGGUGUUAUUCUCGACUCGCCAACAUGGUGCUGUAUUUCUUCUACAAAAAUGCAAUGUUUGUGGCCCUUCUCUUCUGGUACCAGUUCUAUUGYGGGUUCUCUGGCUCAUCAAUGAUUGAUCAGUGGUACCUGAUCUUCUUUAAUUUAUUCUUCUCUUCUCUUCCACAACUGAUUACUGGUGUGCUGGACAAGGACGUGCCAGCUGAAGUGUUAAUUGCUGUACCUCAGCUUUAUAAAAGCGGACAGAAUAUGGAGGAGUAUCAGCCACACAUGUUUUGGAUGAACAUGAUUGAUGCUAUGUAUCAGAGCCUGGUUUGCUUCUUCAUCCCUUAUUUUACUUACUAUGAUUCAGAGGUGGACAUCUUUUCCUGGGGAACUCCCAUCACCACAAUAGCUCUUUUCACCAUCAUCCUGCAUUUGGCUAUUGAAACCAAAACUUGGACUUUCCUCCACUGGUCGUCUUGCAUCUUCAGUAUCRUUUUAUUUUUCUUUGUGGCUCUGGUUUACAAUGCUUCCUGCCCAGUCUGCCAUCCUCCAUCCAAUCCCUACUGGACUAUGGAAAGGCUGAUGGGAGACCCUAUGUUCUAUUUCACUUGUAUUAUAUCACCAGUGGUUGCACUGCUGCCCAGAUUCCUGUACAGAACCCUCCAGGGAACACUAUUCCCAACCCAGCUUCAGCUUGGACGCCAGUUGAGUAAACUGUCCCCAGAGACUCGCACCCAGCUUCUCACCAAGUUGAAUGUAAAGGACACAACAUGUCAGACACGACKCUUCACAGACAGCUUCUCACCGAGCCUUGGCUCAAAUGCCAGUGAUGGUUAUAAGGCUAAUAACCAAAGCACUCCUUUGCCAGCAUCUCCUCAAACAGGGGAGUCACUUUUCCGAGAGCACACAAAGGCAGAGCACAAAACAGAUCAGACUGCGGCUGCCUCUCACCAGGGUGCUGUGUUGCAUGAGGAAAACAAGCUCCCCACAUCAGCAAGUAGUCUGGAAAGGUCCAUGGGAUUUCAUGAAGUUCGAUGUGGCACUUCAGAGGUGGAGUCGUUGCCUGUGGGAGCAGCAUUCCCAUGGAGCUCAGCAGUUGAGCAAGCAGACUUCAGUUUGUUGAAGUGGAUCACAUCAACUCCGCUGUUCAGUCACGCUGGGACUGUCUUACAGGUGUCACCAAGCAGUUUACAAAAUGAAACACAGGACAGUAUGUGUGUGCUUGGCUCUUCUUUGGACUUCAAAGGCUUAAAAGAACAGAGCUCAAAUAACUUGGAGGAGAAAAUGAAAGGAACCCCAACUGAUCAUUGUAAAAAUGACAAUUCCGAGACCACCUUUUUAUGACGCGGGCCAUAAAUAUAUUUAUAUAUUUUCUAUUUGCACACAUUUAUAGUGAGAUUACUCUAUUUGUUUCCUAAGGUGAAACAGAAAAUCAAAGGUACAGAAUGAUUAUUUAAGAAUGUUUAAAUACAGUUUAUUGAAAUAUAAGAGCUUUAAAUAUAAAAAGAAACACUUGAAAGUUCCAUUUAUAUUAUUUUAUUUUUUCAUCUCAUUUUGUAAGGAAAUGCCUUCUCUUUAUUUUUCAGAUGCUUCUCUUUUAUUCUGACGCAUACUGUAAAAGCAAAGGAUCUAUCUACCGUGUUCAAAAGGGUUAGAUUCAGCAACAAUUAUUGGUAUCAUUAUAGGCCAUUCAGUAAUCAAGGAGGAAAAACCAUGAUAAUAAAGUGUCACUGUAUUCCAUCUAUCAUCUGCUUGCCAGGGUGUUUUGUCACUAUGGCAAAGCUAUGGAAUUACUAUACACCUCUCUGUAAAUGUUAACAGYAUCUUACCACCACAUUAAUAAUACUGGUAUUUUAUAAAUGACAMCAUGUUCUGAUAUUGCAGCCAUAGCAUUUGAUGUGUCAUGAUAGAACAAUAAAUAAAUGACCAUCCAUAUUGCAAARUGACUUCCCAGUCUGGCAUUAAUUGUAACUCAGCCCUUCCCUUGGAGUAGCUGGUGUUUGGCUGGGCAUGGCCUUACAUCAUGCUAUACAAAAAGGGUGCUGCAUGUUUGUGAGGGAGGAUUUGGUGGCAAAGAACUGGUGCAUCGUGUCUGCUGUAGUUUGAGCUGGGAAGCCUGUGAUCUUCAGAGCUGGAGCGCUGCCACAGCCGCUGCUACUGAAGAGAUCUGUUCUUGCUAUGGGGUGAAGGACUGGCAGAGUGGAGUUCUGUGAGCACCUUUGUUUUGUUUCAACCAGRUUAAAUUGAGUCCUUGGGGGCAGUGAAGCAGAAUGACCAGCUGUGAGGGUACAUGCUGUGCAGAGGUAUGUGAGCCCGGUGUAAAGCAGACUGGCUCCAGUCCCAAAAGCAGGAAGCUGCACUGCUUUCUGAGGCUAUGCCUGAGCCAACCUCACGUGUUUGUAAAUCACAGACUGCCACUGGUGYAUGGGUGUGCAGCUGCCCUGUGCCAGCCUGAUGGAUCCCAGGAAUUUAGUCUUGGAAUGCUGCUUGGUUCUUUGACACCUGCCCACCAUGACCACAUAUGAACUGUCUGCUGCACUUSUUUUCCUCACUCCCUCGCUCAAAUGGCCUCUGCAUUGCUUGCCAUCACUUGUGUAAGGCCACAACUUGUUCGUGCCACGCUCUGUGCCUGGCAGCCUGCCUCCCAUGUGGAUUGCCUCAGCGUGGUGAGACACAGUGCCUACCAUCUGUCACUCGCUAAUCCACUCCGGAUCUUUUUUUCCCAAAGAUUUAUAUCCACUGGCCUCUUUCCCAAAGGCUGAAUUGGUAAUAUGAUGCUGUAAAAUGCCAAUGAAAGGAAGAGAUGAAAGCAAUGUAAAUAAGAGCAGUCAGCCUGUAAAUAUGUUACCCUCAUGAAACAUGACACAUCAGCAUGUAACUAAACUGCGUUUUGGGACUAGAAUUGACUAGGGGACAGGGCAAAGGCACUAAGGGACUCAUUGUUGCUGUCUCCUGUGAACAGCUUUUAGCAUCUGAUUGAGUUGAAAAAAAAAUGAAGCAGAACUUGUUCUUUUUGCCCUUGAGUUACAGAGGAACAUGGGUUWAUAUGUACAGGUUUUAGUGGAGGAAAACACACUUACUGACUCAUCUGUUGCUGGCUGAAAACGUGUUGGCAUUCCUCUGCUGUAUUAAUUGUUCAAGUGACCACUUGGUUUCCAUGAAGGCAUCUGCCCUGUCGGUGCCAACACGAGCCAGGAGUGUGGGUYUCCACACACACCUCUGAAGCAGGGGCAGAUCCCAUCCCCUCAGAGCACUCYCCACUCUCUGGAAAGGGAGCCUGCAGGACUCAGCUCCUUUGCAAAGGUCUCUAGCUGGGGGAGGCAGCUCUGUGUUCAGAAAUCUCUGCUUGCUCUGCAGCCUUUACAGCCUCAGUAGUAAMUGUUGGGGUGACUUUGCAGGUAAUUGUUUGCAAGUUUAGCUGGCUGAAUUUAAUACACCCUGUGCAGGGAUUGCCAUUGUAAAUAACUUGACUGUGURGAGAUGCAGUGUCUUUUAAUGUCAGAGGAGAAAUCAAAUGACACUUUGAAAAGUGUAAACGUUGCCAUCUGGUUAGAAACCUUGAUCUGCUUGUGAAACAGGAUCUCAUGGAAGGACACAGUGUCAGAUGCCAGGUGGGCAGAGUUCAUAGGUUUGCAGGAUGUUAAAUUCAGUCUAAGAGCGUCACAGGGUCAUAGCAGGAGCAUGCCAGGGAUGUCACAGGUGUGUGCCCUCAGUUACUGCAGCAGCCCCAACAGCCAGCUGAAGAUCCYUUGAGCUUAUUGCCUCCUCUGCAUCUUUUCACAGCAGGGUUGGUGUCCUACAGGCAUUCACAGGAUUUGCUGGCAGCAGAAAGGGCUGGARCAUCACUAGGCUUUGGCUCACAGCUGUAUUCAUGAUACUCUUCAAAAAUAACUUAAAUUCCUCUCUGGCCAUGCCUUUUUGGUACAAGAUUCUGUUUAGUUGUUGUGUUUUCAGUGUUUCAAAGAUUAUUUCUGUGGGUGAGAGGUAGAAGAGUUCCUUUGGGACUGAGAGGUGCUUAUGCAUGCCAGAGAGAUGUGUUAAGUUGCCACUGUGAGUGUGAGCUGUACAUCUGCAUCAUAUAUUUAGGGAAACUGUAAAUUUCAAUCCUCAGCUGCUGCAACCAUCACAGCCUCUCCAAUAUCUGCAAGCUGACUUAUCCCAGCUGGAAAUCAGGCCUCCAUAACUGCUCUAUUUUGAAAUAGAGCAAAUUAAAUAAAWUUUUGAAAUAGAAAUAAACCCACGUAGAGACAUAUUUUGAAAUAUCUAAGGUACUUAUACUAAAAGGUAAAAUAUCUUUAUUAUGGCAGCAAUCCCUCAAAAAUUAAUUGAAAAAAAUAAUUAAUUUAAUUUUAAAUAAACCARAUAAUCUUGCUGACCCUACUGGAACAGGUGUGCCCAUGGAUAGGUAGGAAGAUGUGCCAACAYGUGCCAAACCCACACAGUGAGUUACCUGGAGGCCAGAACCAGGUCAGCUGGUGUCACCAAGCAAGUUAUCUCAAUUUUUUUUGAGAGAUACAUUGUAAAAUAAUAUAAAUAAAAUGUAAUCGAAACUACAGUUUGGACAAAAAAAAAACCAAACAGAUUUCUCGUUUGGAAAGAAAAUAUUAAGCAAAUUAAUUAUUUACAUUUUAAAUCAGUUUUCUCUUCAGCUGCCAGAAGACAAACACAUCAAAGCAUGUUACUUGCUGGGCUUUAGGGUUUGUCAACAUUUUGAAGCUGCUAUUAAUAUUUGAAACAUUUUAGCUAAAUAAAUACUAAUUGCCUUCUGAAGCUGUAUACAUUGGUUUUAAUAAAAUAGAAAUAAACUUGUAAAGUUAUUCCUGUUGGUGCAGUUGAGCAGUUGUUACAUCAGGCAAAACAAAGCUUUAAAUUCCUAAAGGCUAAUCCCCAAAAAGCCUGCAACUAUUCAUUAAAAGAUUCCACAAGACAAUUAAACAAUACCCGUGUUUGGUCUUUUACCAGCAACAGGCCCCUGUACAAUUCUUGAAAUAUUUGCACUGAAUUCUGCGAGCACCCCUCUGCUUGACAUUGCUGGCUGAACUCGUCAGGAUGAAAUUAAUGACUGGGAAGAGAGCAGUGAGUUAAGCAUCACAGUGUUCCACACUUUUUAGCCUUAUUUAUGUGAACCAACCUCUCAGUGRUUUAUCAAUUUCAAAAAUUUCUUCCAGAUGUAUAAAGAUCUUUUAGAAACACCCAGAACUCUUCUAUCAUGUUGGGUCUCUAAUCUCAGAAAUUGUAUCUCACACAUGUGCCAGAGCACUAGAACUGAGCAUAUAAAUGUCAAAACCAAAACAGGAACAAUACCACCUUCCAGUGUUUUUUCCAGGCUUUUCCAGCUACACAUCACUGCCUGGUGUUCCCAGUCAUGAAUCUGCUUGCCACCCUCCUCUGCUGGCUCUGGAACCACAUCCUUACCCCCUGAUUACCCCCUGAUUACCUGAUUACCCCCUCAGACCUUUCCAAAUUAUUCAGAGACUUCUCUUGCUUCUAUUCUAUGACKUCCUCAACUACCUUGCAAUGGAUUUUGAUUUAUCAUUUAUUCACCUCCAAUUCACAGUCUGUGCUUGCUCUCAGUACAUCUCCUGAAGGCUCUAUCCUCUUCAUCAAAUACUGCUUCAUUGUGCCUURAGACACCUUUCUAGUGUCAUGCUCACCUUUUGCUCCACUCCAGGCUUAUACACCCUAAACACACACAGCCUGAUCCACAUACAGAAUAUAUGGAGGAUUUGAGGAGGUUUACUCGUUAUAUUAAAAAGGGUUUUGCACGAAUACCGGUUUCAGUAAAUGGAAAUGUUCAGCUUAAACUGUCAGAACUGUGUGUGCUUGAGUCAUCUGGGAGUGACAAUUCAUAAAA